AUGAGGCUCCUAUGUAUCUUCCAACAUCAGUUUAGGAGAACCUUGACGGUUGACGUUCGUAAGCGGCUUUUUGCAAAAUGUCUGAAUCGGGAGUUCGACACUUUACUGGAAGAGGUUAGAUCUAUUCCUAUCAAGACCUUAGAAGAGAGCUUUUUGAGUUUAUACUUGACAAAAAGUGUACAAUAUGCCCAUGUACCUUCGAUAGAUUAUCUUUGGUACCGAUGUAUUAUAAGACAUAACUUACUUGUUGUUAAACCACAGAUUCUUUGCGAUAUCGGCAACAUAGCCCUACAAGAAAAUAAGUUCUUUAUGGUAGAACAAUUGUACAAGCACUUCACUAUAUUUCAUAGCAAGUGCCGAAGCUCAGAAGCCUAUAAGCUCGAGCUUUUAAGAUAUAAAGUUGAGAGUUUCGCUAAAGGCACAGGCGACUCAACUACAUUCCAAGAGAAAUGGAAGGUUUUCAUAGAAGACAUCGAUCAUCAGAUAAGUCCAGAGUGGCCUCUAAGUGUUCAUAAUUUUCCAUAUCUCACUUCAGCUUUGGAGGACCACGGAAGGGAACUACCUUUACAGCUUCUGCUGUCCGAAAAAAAACUGAGCAUACGGAAUAAAUGGACCCUGCCAGUUCUGCUUAAUAUGAUCAUGUUACACAAAAAUGUGGAUCAAGAGUUCAAGAUGAAUUUAUUUCAAUUGUUUCACCAAAGACACAAACAUUUGAAUUAUGACGAGACCUUGACCAUUUUGUUCAGAAAUUGUAAGGACGAGCCCUAUCGAGCGUCCAGUUUGAUGGAUUUUGUGAAGAAGAAUGGGCUGUCACUUACGCAUCUUGCUGCUAAGUUUUUUCUGCGUAGCAUACAGGGCACUGAGUAUUCAUUUCGAUCGGCAGAUUACAUCAAUGCCAUUAAAGAUCCCGACGCAUUCCUAGAAAAACUCCACAACGGAAAAAUAAUCCUAUAA